CCUCAAACCAGAAACAUUUACCUUCCGGUUCCCCAGGCAGUUAUUAGAAUCUCGUCUGUCUAGAUGAAAGCAGGAGUGGAGAGAGUUGAACGGUUGCGUUGAUUUGGACGAAUGAAGAGCUCAAAUGCGACGGAAUUUCCUGCUGAACCUGAACCUUUUGUAAAAUGUACAGUUGGCGGUGCUUCCUCGCCAUCAUAUUUGUGCUCGUCUGGUACUUCUCAGAGUUUGGGCAGAUAUGGACACAAGCUUUCUUCUGUUUUGUAUGCCUUUUCAAUUUCCCUUUUAAAAAGCAAGACCGUGAACGAAGCACUCAGACGGAUGAUACGCUUGAGGAAACAAUUCAGCAGGUAAAGAUAAGUCACAGAUUGGCCAGCGAUGAGACUGAUGAUGGAGCCAGACAAGCUGAUCCUCAGACUACACAAUGUCCAAAUGUGCACCGGUCACUUCUCCAAGUGUUUAAAUAUGCCUAUCUUCACCUGAUCCAGCCAUGGUACAACGUCCCAGAACUUGUCGACAGUCAGCCCCUUCAUAGGGCACUACAGAAGGAGUUCAAUCUGGUUGUGGAGAAAGUCAUUUGUAAGGCCAAAAACUUUGAUCUGUCGUCUACCAGUGUGGGUUGUAUUCGGAUUCUUACUCAACAUCUGCACAGUGCAAAGCUGUCAGACAGGCCUCCAGCGUUCAGUUCAAGGUCUGAGGAAAUGGCAGUCCUCAGGACUUUCUCUGAAGCUCUAGUGCGAAACCUUUUCCCUGAGUACCUUUGGGAACCAAAACUCUACCAGUGUCUCCUGACUGAGAUUUUAGCAACAAAAGCACUUGAUGUGCUUGUGAAAUGCCUUUGUAAUCCAGACACCCUGAAUCACAUGAUUGUUUUGCAAAUGGACAGAGUAACUCCUAAAAGUUCAGUUGGAGACCUGCUCAACUCAGAUAGAGAAGGCACGCCAUCCUCCACUGGUAGUGAAGAAGCAGAAGUAUUGACAGACGACGCUGAUGAUGGUAGAUCUGAAGACAUGAAAGACAAGAAGAAGGCAGGUAACAAGUUCAAAGAACACUUCUCUAAAAUGUUUGAUAAAGUCAAGGCAAGGAAGGCCAAAAAGAAAAAACUUAAGAAGAUGGAGCAAGAGCUUCUAUGUUAUAGGGCUAAAUCUGCACGCAGAUCUGCUGUCAUUGAAGGUGAUGGUGCAAUCAGCAGAGAUGGGUCUAUGGGAAGCCUGCUGGACUCAGAUUAUGACAGCGAAGCGGAUGUUUACCUAACAACUGUCCAAGAGGAUAUGAUGGAGUUUAAGCUUUCAUACGAGAUGUGGCGCGUGGGGAAGUGGGCAGUCCAUGUUACAGAUGUUAAGAAGGAGGAUGAAGAGCUUUGUUUCACUGUUCACCUCGCAGAGAGCAGUAACCCUGAGAAUCUCCACUGGGAUGUGAAAAAGACCCAGUCAGAUAUACUCCAUUUUCAUAGCCUCUGGCAGGUGAGAGAGGAAAUGGAUACUUCCACUUUACCUUCUGUAUCUGCAAUAGUUGAGAAAACAAAGAAGGAACUUGAUGAGGCAUAUGCAGAGGAAGUUAAAUCAGCAUUGGAGCACUUUUUACAGGUGUUGGUCUCCGAUGAACAGCUUGGUCACACUCAGCCUGUAUUUCAGUUCUUGUGUCCGUUUGCACGGCUGCUGAAUGAUAAGGAACAUGAAGGGGGUGUCUGGACUCUUCUGAAUGGACUUGCAAGCUUCCUGACUCCUGGCCAUGAUGAAGAGGAGACCCAUAACUCCAAAGGAGAGGAUAAGGCUGAUGAAGCAGGAGCAUCAGGAUUUCACACUGGACCGUCAGCACAGCCAGCCUGCAUCGACACAGUUGAGGAGCCAAAGGGCAGCAUUACAGAAGGGCCACUGGCUACAAAGUUUUCUAUCCCUUAUGAAGAGACUGACCCCUUCAGAAGUAGAGAACAAGAUAUGGACUACAACGAUGAUGAUCAAGAUGUGGUUUCUGAUGGACAGGACAGUCUUACAGAAAGCUUGGAUAGCUUUGUUAAUAGGUCAAAAUUAGUUAUUCCUACAGCAUAUUCCAAUGACAUCUCAAGCUCAGUCACAGGUUCUACUGAAUCCCUGCAGAUUGACUCAGCCGAUGGCCUUAGAAGUGCUCAGUCUGGGGGUAAAACGCACAAAAAGGAGAAGUUAUCUAGCAAAAAGUCAAAUGGACCUCAAAAGCUUAAAGUGAAAGAGAAAACUGCACAGCUCAAGGAAGAGACGACAAAUCAGCCUCAACCUCAGAAAAGGGAAUCCCAUGGCAAUUGGGAGCAGGUUGAAGCCACUAAAGCUGUAUUUGAUUUAGUCAAGGAAAUAACUGGUAAUUCAGUCCUCAUUAACAUUGUUGAUGCCAUUCUAAAACCAGUCCAGCCUUUGGUGAAGAAGAAAAUUAACAGCUUUUUAAAAAGGAUGCAUCCCACUGAAGCUCAGAUUGCAUCCUACAUCGACAGUUUCCGGGAGACGAUGUGGCCAGAGGGAAAUGUGCCUUCUCCCCAGCCACCGAGGGAAAGCGAGGAGAAAAACGAGACAAAGGAAAAGGCUUUGCAGCUUAUAAAUUCAAAAUACUCAAACUCUCUGAUCCUCAAGAAGACCGAUGUGGAAACUGUGUUUAAGAUCUUUCAGGACACGGAGGAAAACAAGAAGCUGGUCUAUAUGCUGCUUUCAUACAUUUUAAGGGAGUUCCUACCGGGAGAGCCUGCAUUCAGUGCAAAACCUAAUCUAACUAGAUCGAAAUCUAAGGAUUUUGUUUUAUAAUAUGUGUUUUUGAGUAUAUAUUUUAACAAUGCCAAUUGUUUUUAAAAUGUGCAUUAUUUAAUAUUUUAUAUGAAGUUUUAUAUAUAAUGUAUUCUGACAUACCUCAGAGAGAUCAGCCUUUCAAUUUACUGAGCAGCAUGAACAUUUAUAUUUUGUAUUUUGCAAUUAUGCAGCCUUUUUUAAACAAAUGUACUGUGAUUAUGUUCAGCAAUGUCACUAUCUUGGGUGUAUAUCUUAAACAUCUUUUUUAAUAAUGAUCACUAGAUAUUUAAGUUCACUUUUUGUUUUGUACAUUAAAUUUGAACACUGUGAAAAAACUGUUUAUUCUAUACAUUUUUAAAAUGACACAGGUUGACUCAGGACAAAACAGAUAAUAGGAAUAUUUUACUUACCAUGAUUUUAAAAGACUGCAGAAUCAAUACAGGGUCUGUGAGGAAUGUAUUAGAAUAAUAGCAUUACCAAUAAAUAUAUUUUACUACUAAA